GGUUUCUCAGUCAGAGCUCAGCUAGCAUGUGUGUCUGUGCUAACGUUAGCAGAGUAAUGUUGUAGUUUUCUUUUCCUUCUUCGACUCUUGGAUGUGUGGAAAUGUCCGGCUUUGAGGAUCUUAAAGCUUUAUUCGGACGGAGGCUGCUCGCUGCGGUUCUCAGAGACCUGAGAGGACGAGAAACCAGAUCUGAAUACGAAGAGGAGCUCCACCGCCAGAGGAAGCUGCUGGAUGUGAUUUUAAUCCCUGAGAUAAAGCUGCACAGAGCAGUGCUUCCUGCAGAAGCCCAGCAGCUGUUGGUGAUCAAAGAAGAGAGCCCCCAGGAGGACACUGGGCCCCCACACAUUAAAGAGGAACAGGAGGAACUGUGGAUCAGUCAGGAGGGAGAGCAGCUUCAAGAGCUCAAGGGGGCUGACACCACCACGCUACUCUUUGAUUUGGUUUUGUUGAAGAGUGAAGAUGAUGAAGAGAAACCUCAGCCCUCACAGCUUCAUGAGAGACAAAAUGAACAGUUGGAAACAGGAGCUGAUGGAGAGGACUGUGAAGACUCAUCUAGAGCUGAGACUGAUGACAGUGAUGAUUGGAGGGUUACCAAAGAAGAUCAGUCAGGUUCAAACUCUGUGAAAAAUAAAAAUAAGAGUCACAAGGACAAGGAAACAAAUAGAUGCUCUGAGUGUGGUAAAACCUUGUCAACAAGACAGAGUCUGACAGUACACAUGAGAAUUCACACAGGAGAGAAACCCUUCAGCUGCUCUGUUUGUAGCAAAAGAUUUACACAGAAGGGUAAAAUGGAAAAUCACAUGAGAAGUCACACGGGAGCGAAACCCUUUAGCUGCUCUGUUUGCAGCAAAAGAUUUGCGCAAAAACAUUAUUUGAACAGUCACAUGAGGAUUCACACAGGAGAGAAACCCUUUAGCUGCUCUGAGUGUGGUAAAAGAUUCACCUUUAAACAUCAUCUGACGGACCACGUGAGAGCUCAUAUGGGGAAGAAUUCCUUUAGCUGCUCUGAGUGUGGAAAAAGAUUCACCUUUAAACAUAAUCUGACACAUCACAUGAGAGCUCAUACAGGGGAGAAACCUUUCAGCUGCUCUGUUUGUAGUAAAAGAUUUACAAAUAAGACUCAUAUGGAAGAUCACAUGAGGAUUCACACAGGAGAGAAACCCUUUAGCUGCUCUGAGUGUGGUAAAAGAUUUACACAAAAACAUCAUAUGGACAUGCACAUGAGAAUGCACACUGGAGAGAAACCAUUUAGCUGCUCUGGGUGUGGCAAAACAUUUACUACAAACAAUAAUCUGACACAACACAUGAGAUGCCAUACAGGAGAAAAACCUUUUAGCUGCUCUGUUUGCUUUAAAAAAUUUACACAGAAAAUUAACAUGCAAACCCACAUGAGAACUCACUUUAAUGAUGACACUUUCAGCUGCUCUGAGUGCAGCAAAAAAUUCCAAACCAAAAGCAAUCUGAUCAGGCAUUUAAGGGUUCACACAGGAGAGAAACCCUUCAGCUGCUCUGAGUGUGGCACAAGAUUCAUUGAUAAGGGAGCUUUGACCAGACACAUAAAACUGCACACAUGAGAGAGACCCUUCAAUGUAAACAGCUCUGUAACAACAUAAGCCGUGUUUCCAUCAAGGGGUCCGGUUGGAUUCAGUUCGGUUUGGUAUGGUUUGGUAUGCUAAACCCCAAAAUAGUUCGCGUUUUCACAGACACCUGUGCCCUCACUUGGUGGGCGGGGCUGUAAAAGCAUGCAUGUAAAGUCACAGACAG